CAGCAGCAGACCAACCAACAACGCACACACAGACAUCAAUAAGCACACCUGUAAAGGUCGAGCUCCGCUUAUCUCUGUGCUUUUUGCAAGCGAAGGAGGGAGAGGACCGAGCCUGGAAAGCGAAACCAUGGUUCGGGGGGCGGCAUGCGCUGCCGUGGUGGCCGUGUCAACCACGGCGACACUUCUUAGCGGCGCCUCGGCCUUCGUCAUGCCCGGUGUGGUGCGAACAGCGGCCCCUGCACGACCACCGGCUUCCUCCUUAGUAUCAAUGUCAACAGCUGAGACGGAGACUGCUCAGUACUUGUUGGACAAGAAGGCCAUCGGCGGUCCCCUGACCCCGAUCGCGAACUACAUCCUCGUCAAGGUUCGCUCGAAGGACGUCGCGUCCCAAGGCGGGAUCAUCCUCCCGGAAAAGGCCCAAGUUAAGCCGACGGAGGGGGUCGUUGUUUCGAUGGGGCCGGGAAAGACGCACCCCGAGACGGGAGUCCCCGUGGACAUGCCUUGCGCCGUGGGAGACAAGGUUCUGUACGGCGAGUUCGACGGGACGGCGGUGGACUACGUGGGGACGGACCACCAGUUCGUGCGAGACCAGGACAUCCUCUUCGUCUACUCGGGGGAGCGGAUGGAGCCGAGCACCAUCAAGAUGAUCAGGGACGAGCUCCUCGUCAAGGUGGACCCGGAGGCGACGACGACCAAGUCGGGGCUGCUUCUCGGACAGAAGGAGGAGAACACCGGGGAGGGUUCGACCACGGGGGAGGUCGUUGCUACGGGGCCCGGGCGAAGCUCCUCGGACGGAGAGAUCGUCCCCAUGUCGGUGGCGACUGGGGACUUCGUCAAGUUCAGGCCCUUCGCGGGGUCAGAGGUUUCUCUGCAGGGAGUGGACUACCGUGUUAUGAAGGUCAACGAGGUGCUGGCCAAGUACUGAACGUCCUAGUCUCGCGCAACGUGUAGGAAUGACGGGCGGGCACAGCAGCAGUGCCAACGGGGGGGAGGGGGGGUCAUCCUAUGUGCCCUUGUUGUGGAGCGCCUAGCGGCUAGCUGUCACUGUAUGUAGGGCAGGGCGACAUUGCUAUCCAGGUAUUGCAAGGAGGUGUUCAUGUACGCAAGUGUACGCAGCUUUUUUUGUCCCAAGUCGAUGAACUUGCUGUUCAAGGAGGGCGUCGCGACCGUCGCUGAUCAAUGCCCGGACGGUCGGCUCCUUACGCUUAGCACCGCCACUUCCCAGCAACGCCAACGAUUUUGGGGCCUGGACAACCGACCAUACCUGGUGUGGAGCCUGUCGGCCCGGCGUCUCUCCCGCCUCGGGCAUGGCGUUAUUUUCCGUGGAGCGAGGCGCCAGUUGCUUGCUGUCUUUGUGCACGCGCGUGUGGGGUUAUGUCGUGGUUAAGGCUUGCGUGGGUGGUGUCGCGGUGAUCCCUGGGGUGGAUGGCAGCUUUUGAAAAAGACUUGUCUUGCGAAUGAAUGUGUUGAGAUGGCAGCAGGAACUGGCCGAGGCCGAUUUAACACAUUUACUAGUCGGGAAUUUUUCUUGCUGCUACGUACGUACGCGCACCAACACGGUGCGCGUGGUGUUGUGCAGGGAACCACGGUGGAGCCUAAAAAUAUCGGCACGAACAAACGGGGCGAAUCUUUCCUGAUUUGUGGUCGUUGGUGGGAGAACAUUUGCGGAGGUGUGGCGACGUGAUCGCUGCGUUGCCACAUACUUGACUUCCCGGCACUGUGCCCGGUAGGAAUGAAUUUGUUCCGUUUUUCAACCAUCUUUUGGUGUUGGGUACAUUUCAUCCUCUGGUUUCGCCCCGGCAGUGACGUGUCUAUGAACGAAUGACUCCCGACUUGUAUCGUGUGAACGAAACGGACGACACGCGACAACAAGCAGCAAGCGGUGUUAGUUCUCGCUCGCGAUGUA